AAUUACGGAACCACCAAAUCCAUCAUAUCUUCAAGAUCUUAACCUUAACAGAAUAUGAACAAAUUAAAAAUCUUCUAAGUUCCAAAAUCCUCUACCCAAAACCACACUAUUUGUGCCAACACACACAUUCAAGGGGAACCAACCAGACACUCGUUUUUCUUUUUGUGCUGCAUUGAAUUAUCAAUCACAAGAGAAAAGUUCUCUUAUCAUUGAAUUGAAUCGGAUUGACAUUUGUAUGGCUGGCUCCAGUAGCCGCAAUGCCUCUUCAUUCGGGGCAGAAGAGGAUGAAGAUGGGGCUCUGAUAUCUGUAUGUUUAUGCCGUGUUCUUCUUAGUUCUACUGCAUUUUUCCCACCUUGCAUAUUCUUUUAAUUUUUAUCCAGUUUACCAUAAUUGCGCUAAUGGGUAUCUAUCUCAAUCAGACCCGAGGGCUAGAAGCUUUUGGUAGGAAAGUUACAACUACAGCUGGUCAUUUAAUAGGGCCCAUCGAUCCCACCUCUAGCACCCACUAUCAGAAUGCCAUGAGCGAUCUACAUAAACAACUUCGCAGACCCAAUCUUCAGCGAAGCGUCUUCUCGUUUGCGAAAACUACACCUACCGAUUUGGUGCGCUCAAAGUUGUCGACGUCGGAGAUUCAGUAUAGGGCCCUGACGUUCUUGCCGGAUGAGUUGUUGAGGAAUAUACCCGAGAAUGAAAAUAGUUAUUCCUUGUUUCAAGGAUUUCAAGCAACGUUACCCGAGGCAGGGGAGGGGAAGGGGAAAAAACAUAGAAGGAGGAUCUCGAGGGGAAGAAAACUCAUCGACAAUGCUAGUGAGGGGGGUUCGGAGGGGGAUGGACCACCUAGUGUGGCGAAGUUGAAAAAAGAAAAGGAGGCUCUCAAUCAUCGAUUGGAGAUGAUGGGUAUUAGGAAGAACAUGGCAAGUAGUGAGAUUCAUGGAAUUGAUAAUAAAAUCGCAAAUCUAAAUUCUAUGAGGAGAAUAGUCUUGGAUAGGUUGGCGGGGUUGGAACAGGAAGAGUCAAUGUUGGAACAUGAGAGUGAGUAUAAUUUUGAGUGUUGAACUGCGGGGUAACUAACUUCGGAAUAGUUCUAGAUGUGGAGAAUCGAUUAGAGGAGGCUCAAGAACAAAUCGAAGAUGCGGAAGCAUUGGGGAAAUCUAUUGUUGCGGCUGAGGAAGGAGAUGAUGUCGAGAAUUCAGGAAUGGAAUCUUCAUUCAUGUCGGAAUCGAUUUACGAGAAACUUCCCUCGAGCGCAAGUACAUCUUCCUCGAAAGGAUCAAGAAGACACAAAACAAUUCGAAGGAAAUCUAUGCCAAUUUUACAUGAACAUUUCGAACCUGGGUCUUCAAUUCGAGAAAUUCAAGCACAUGAUGAUAUGGUUACAGCUCUCGAUUUCGAUGUCCCAUUCGGUACAAUGGUCUCCUCGGCUUUAGAUGAUACUGUUCGAGUAUGGGAUAUGAAUGCGGGUAGAUGUAUGGGACUUCUCGAGGGACAUACUGCAUCUGUACGAACUCUUCAAGUUGAAGAUAAUAUCGUCGCCACUGGAUCUAUGGAUGCUACAAUUCGAUUAUGGGAUUUAAGCAAAGCUCGUUAUGAUCCUCAAGAUAAAAUUAAGGAAGAACAAGAAGAGGGGGAAGAAGAAGAUCAACUUGCUUUCGGUGAAGCUUUGGAACGUGAACAACCAAUACAGAUUCCACAAGGAACAAUGCAGGAUUGUCCACUAUUCACAUUAGAAGCUCAUGUUGAUGAAGUAACAGCUCUUCAUUUCCGUGGCGAUACCCUUAUAUCUGGUUCGGCUGAUAAAACAUUAAGGCAAUGGGAUUUAGAAAAAGGAAGAUGUGUACAAACAUUGGAUGUUAUGUGGGCAGCAGCACAAGCUUCAGCAACAAUGGGUUCUAAUGAGGGUACAUGGCGACAAACUGGACGUUUACCAGAUGCAACAGCUGAUUUUGUAGGCGCCGUACAAGUUUUUGAUGCGGCUCUUGCUUGUGGUACUGCUGAUGGAAUGGUUCGCUUAUGGGAUUUGAGAAGUGGUCAGGUGCAUAGGAGUUUAGUAGGACAUACAGGUCCAGUUACUUGCUUGCAAUUUGAUGAUGUGCAUUUGGUUACUGGAAGUUUGGAUAGGAGUAUUAGAGUAUGUUUCUGCACUUUCAUUUUUCAUUUUUCUAUUUCACGAUACAUGUCUAGUGGAUGUGUCGAAAGGAUUUAGUGGAAUCAAUAACUAACAACAAAACAGAUCUGGGAUCUCCGGACAGGAGCAAUCUAUGAUGCAUAUGCAUAUGAUGCACCUAUCACAAGUAUGAUGUUUGAUACUAGACGUAUUGUAGCAGCUGCUGGUGAGGAUGUGGUUAAGGUGUAUGAUAAAACGGAUGGAAGACAUUGGGAUUGUGGUGUUGGAGCUCAAAGGGAGGCAAGUGAAGAGAUGGUUGAGAGGGAUAUUAUAGAGAAAUGUAGGGUUAAAGAUGGGUAUAUGGUGGAGGGAAGAAGAAGUGGUAUGGUAGGGAUUUGGAGUUGUUAGAUCUUUGGGAUGUGUGGUGUAAAAGGAAGGACAGAUCAGAUAAGACGAUAUGGAAGCGCUUGAUACGAGAGAUGAAAUGGGAAGUGUUAUUCACUUCUUCAAAGUUGGACUAACUUGGAUUUCGGUUGAGGUUGAGGUGAUCAAAGAAUAAAAUCGGGAGGGAUACGGAUAAAUGUGUAUGUUGUGGAUGAAUCCAUAAGCUAUGCAUAUAAUAUCAUAUACAUACGAAAUCAAUGAAUGAAUGAUUGAACGAAUAAAGA